AUGGCGGCCGCCUGCGCCAGAUCGUUGGUAAAGGUCGGUUGCGCGAUUAUGGAGAGUACGGCACUACGGCGACCCGGCAACGGCGCUCGCCUGCCUGGGAACGCCGACUCCCAAGUGUCCCGGAGGUUCUACUACGGAGGCGGGACGGGAUCCCGCGCCGGAUUACUGUGGUCUGUGCGGGCAGGAGGAAGCCGAGCACUGGGCUGCGCCUUCCUGUUCGGCGCUGGUGUGGGGCUCUACCACACCGUUAAAUUCUACUGGGCUAAGCAGCAACACUUGGCACAGGAGCAAACUCAGGGAGGUCCUUCGCCGUCAGCAUUCCCAUCCCUGACCCUGUACCAGUAUCAAACAUGCCCGUUCUGCAGCAAAGUCCGAGCCUUUCUAGACUACCAUGGCCUGGACUACCAAGUGGUGGAGGUGAACCCAGUCAUGCGAGGCGAGAUCAAAUGGUCAACUUAUAGAAAGGUUCCUAUCUUAAUGGUGGAUGAGAACAUGCAACUAAACGACUCCUCUGUCAUCAUAAGUUCACUGAAAACCUACUUAGUCAGCAAGGGUUCCAGUUUGUCUGACAUUUUGCGCUGCUACCCUGAGAUGAAGUCUGUCAACGAAAGGGGCAAGGAGGUGACGGAAUACAACAACAAGUAUUGGCUCAUGCUCAGUGAGGGUGACACGGCCGCGGUCUACCCCGACAAAGGCAUGCAGAAGGAGGAGAUGAAGUGGCGACAGUGGGCGGAUGACUGGCUCGUGCAUCUCAUCUCGCCUAACGUGUACCGCAGCACCGGAGAGGCCUUGGCGUCCUUCGAUUACAUUGUGCGCGAGGGCAAGUUCGGCACCCUGGAGGGCUUCUUCGCCAAGUACGUCGGCGCCGCUGCCAUGUUUAUCAUCGCCAAGCGUCUCAAAAGCAGGCACAAUCUUCAGGACGACGUGCGUCAGGACCUGUACAAGGCCGUCAAUGACUGGGUGGCGGCCAUUGGCAAGAAGCGCAAGUUCAUGGGCGGAGAGCGGCCCAACUUGGCAGACCUGGCGGUGUUUGGCGUCCUGCGUGUGAUGGAGGGCCUGGAGGCCUUCGAUGACAUGAUGGCCAACACCAAAGUAAAGUCGUGGUACCGCCGCAUGGAGAUGGCCACGCGCAACCAUCAGGGACGCUCACAGUUGUCACGGUAA